AUGUUAACUUAUCUUUUAUUCCAAACAUGCGAUAAUCGAUUGAUAAACACCAGGAAACACGCUUAUAGAUAUAAACAUAUCUACUUACACGCAUAUGCGUAUUUUACAGAGAAAGUGAUAUUAUCUCUGAAACAGAGACCCUCCAUUAGUUGGUUCCCGCUAACUAUUCUUUCCCUUUUCCUCUUUCCACCCCCUCUCUAUACUGUCUAUCGAUUCCUCUCUUUGCCUUUUGCUCCAACCAACGUCGUGUUUGACUGGUUGUCUUUCUUCUUUUUUUAUUAUUUCAUAGAAACUCAACAACUUCUCUCUCUCUCUCUCUCUCCUUCUUUCACUCUCUCUAAAAAUUCAUGCUGUACUUUGGAGGGCUCGACUCCGUGCAACUGGAUACACGGACAAUAUGAGGACAUGCAGGGUCAGUACCACUCCCAGGAUGGAGCUGACCAUAUUCUUCAUGGCGUUAUUUGCUGGACUAUUAUGGUCAGCUGCGACCGCCAACAGGAAGGAACCAGACGAUAUUGUCAUCACCGUAGGAAUUCACAUCUAUCUAUCUAUCUAUCUAUCUAUCUAUCUAUCUAUCUAUCUAUCUAUCUAUACACACACACACGUGGUCUCUCUCUCUUCUUCUUCUUCUCUCUCUCUCUCUCUCUAACACACACAUACACACACCUCUUUUCCUCUCUAUCUCUUUAUCGAUGA